CGUGGGACAAGCCAAGCCUAAGCUCUGUCUCAUUUUAUUCCCAGCAGCCAUUGGGAACACCCUCCUGAGCCUUCCAAAUCCAGUAGAGGGCAACAAAGAUUCAUGUAGAUGGACUCAGGAUGCUGUUGCUCCGAGCUGUUCUAUUGAUACUAGUCCUGCCCAGUCACGGCGAGGGUACCACCGAGGGGCCUGGAGUCCUGCCUCCCCUGUCCAAGGGGGCCUGCGCGGGUUGGAUGGCGGGCGUCCCAGGGCAUCCUGGCUACAAUGGGGCCCCAGGCCGUGAUGGCAGAGAUGGCACCCCUGGCGAGAAGGGUGAGAAAGGAGAUCCAGGUCUUGUUGGUCCUAAGGGUGAUGCCGGUGAAACUGGAGUGCCUGGGGUUGAAGGUCCCCGAGGCUUUCCAGGAAUCCCAGGCAGGAAAGGAGAAGCUGGAGAAAGUGCCUAUGUAUACCGCUCAGCAUUCAGUGUAGGAUUGGAGACCCGAGUCACCAUCCCCAAUGUUCCCAUUCGCUUUACCAAGAUCUUCUACAAUCAGCAAAACCACUAUGAUGGCACCACGGGCAAAUUCCACUGCAACAUUCCUGGGCUGUACUACUUCUCCUACCACAUCACAGUCUACUUGAAGGAUGUGAAGGUCAGCCUCUACAAGAAGGACAAGGCUGUGCUCUUCACCUAUGACCAGUACCAGGACAAGAACUUGGACCAGGCCUCAGGCUCUGUGCUCCUCCAUCUGGAGAAGGGUGAUGAAGUCUGGCUCCAGGUGUAUGGGGAUGGAGAGCAAAAUGGGCUCUAUGCCGAUAAUGUCAACGACUCGACCUUCACAGGCUUCCUUCUCUACCAUGACACCUACUGAUUACCACCAACUCAGAGCCUCCACUAGGCCAAACAGCCCAAAAGUCACAGAACAGUCCACAGGUUUUCACUGUAGUUAGGAGAAUGAUUUUAUUAUCUAGCUGGAGGCCUCUGAAUAUUAUUCAUUCAUUUACUCAUACAUUCAUUCAUUCAUUCAUCGAGUACCUUUGUAAAAAAAACCAUAUACUCUGUUCCCAGUUCUGAAGAAGACAUGUUCCCUGGCCUCAAGAAUCUAUUAUGUAGUGGCAAUAAAAGGAUGAGAGCAUUUAGUGGGAAAUUUCACAUACAUGACAAGAUAAACAAGUACAAGAAAGUAUUUGACAAUGCUGUUCUGUGCCCACCGUUUCUCCUCAUGUUCAUGUCAGGUACACAGGAAAGAUAUUAUUCCCUCUUUUACAUUUGGGGUCCUGAGACUGAGACAGUUAAGUGAAUGCCUAAGGUCACAUAGGUAUUAAGUGGCAGAACUAGAAACCAAACCCAGGGCCAUGGAUCUUUUCCACUAGACUACAAAGUAUAUGGCCUCUUUGGAGGUGUUGGUGGGGGUCUCCCACCCAGCUCACCUGAGGGCCUUUGAAUUUGCCUUUAUCUUGCGUUAAGCCUUUCCCGGAGCAGAGUUCCCUCAGAGAAUGUGGUUCUAUGACUAAGUCUCAUCCCAGCUGGACAACUCAAUGGCCCCUGCAUUAUUCACUUCCUUUUCUCUGUGUCUCUCCUCAUGAUCUUCCCUGUGGCCAGAAAGCCAACUUCAUCUCCACAUGCUGAAAUCCUCCCUGUUCCUCCAGGCCACCUGGUCAGGAAGAUUCUCUGAUGAGAUAUCUCUUUCCUGCACACUUUCCUCACACACUGUGCCCCUGUGCCCCUCCACGUGUGACCCUGGAUGAGAGUCCUGGGUAUGGGGGACAGCCUCCUACCAGGCCAGGGACAACUGCCUGGAAAGGACUGUGUUUCCUUCACCUCUGAGUCUCCUGGCAGGUUUUUGAUAAAUGCCUCAUGAAGAUCAGUCUCCUGAAUCUCAUAUCUACCCAAAAUUAACUCCAUUUCAGUCUCUCCAUAUAACUAAUCCUUAUCCACAAAAAACAUUUUUAUUUUAGGAACUCCUUGACUGUGAGUAUCCAAUCCUUGUUCCCCUGAACAGUUUGAUCUUUUCCACUGAGGUUAGGGAUGACAGUGCUUUCCAGAGCACUUACAGAGUUUUCCCUCAAGGAGGUAGCUUGAGCUUGCAAAACCCACAGAGGAAUUUGGAAACCAUUCUUUGCUUGAGUACGAGCAGGAUCUGGGAAGACUUGGGCCUUCUGAAUCUAUUCUUGUUCUUUAAUAAUUCCGGAAAAAAAAGAAAAGAAAAAGAAAAUGAUAACUAUCUGAGGUAAUGGAUAUGUUAAUUAGCUUGAUUGUGGUGAUUAUUUCACAAUGUAUAUCUAUAUCAAAUCAUCAAAUUGUACACCUUAAAUAUAUGCAAUUUUUUAUUGUCAAAUAUUCCUUGAAAACAAAAAAAAGAAUUACAGGUCAUUGCUAGUAAUAAACCUCCUCUCAGGAGACAAUAGCUUGAGUAAUACUCUUCAAAGAUUUUAGCAAAAGCAGAAUUAAUAGCAUUCUGGAUAAAUAUAGAAGUGGAAAACCUAUUUUUUUUGCUUACAGUUUUAAAUUCUGAAUGAUUCCCUUUUAUAUGUGUACUGCUGUUCAUUAAGAGAUUAUUAUUUCUACAUGUAAAGCUUUGUCUCAAAAUGCUUGCUUAUCAUUAUUUUCUACAAGUAAAGAUACCAUCCAGCAUUAAAAGCA